AUGGCUGCACAAACUCCCAAUGGAGAACUAUCCAAUAACUCUUCUUUGGAUUCCAAUUCUAUCCUGUCCUCUUCUUAUCCAAUUACCCUUAAGUUUAUCGAAGUAAGCUACAGAGUAAAACUGGAGAAUAGCAAUGAAUUUAGAACAACUAGCCUGAGGAAGAUGUUUACAGGUGGACCCACAUCAUCAUCUGAUGUUGAGAAUCAGACGGCCAGGAUUAAUCAAGAACGAAAAAUCUUAAAUGGGAUCACGGGCAUGGUGUCUCCAGGACAAAUCCUGGCCGUCCUUGGCCCCUCCGGCAGCGGAAAAUCAACGCUCCUUAAUGCACUAGCCGGCCGGCUCCACUAUGGACACGGCCUCACCGGUUCAAUCCUUGCCAACAGCAAGAAAUUAACCAAAUCGACCCGAAAAAGAAUCGGGUUCGUCACUCAAGAUGAUGUUCUGUUACCGCACUUAACAGUUCGUGAAACCCUAAUUUUCUGCUCUCUGUUAAGGCUACCAGCUUCUCUAUCCAGAAAUGAGAAAAUUUCCAUGGCGGAAUCGGUGAUUCGCGAACUGGGUUUGGCUAAAUGUAAGGAUACAAUUAUUGGGAACAGUUUUAUUCGAGGAAUUUCAGGUGGUGAAAGAAAGAGAGUAAGCAUAGCACAUGAAAUGCUAAUAAACCCUAGUUUGUUAAUUCUUGACGAGCCGACGUCGGGAUUGGAUUCCACGGCGGCGUUCCGACUGAUGACGACGCUGGGGUCACUAGCGGAUAAGGGGAAAACGAUAGUUACCUCGGUGCAUCAGCCGUCGAGCCGAGUUUACCAGUCGUUUGACUCGGUGGUGGUUUUGUCAGAAGGGAGGUGUAUAUAUUUUGGUAAAGGAAAUGAGGCCAUGAAUUAUUUCGAAUCUGUUGGGUUCUGCCCUAGUUUUCCCAUGAAUCCAGCUGAUUUCUUGCUUGAUCUGGCAAACGGGGUGUGCCAACUUGAUGGGAUAAGGGACAAAGAGAAGCCUAAUGUGAGGCAAAACCUAGUAUCCUCUUAUAAUGCUGUGUUGGCCCCAAAGGUGAAGGCAGCAUGCUUGGAUUCCACAAGUACGGCAACAAAAGAGAUGGUGAUUGUGGGAAAACACACUUGUGGUUACAAACAGAGUUUUUCGACGUGGUUUGACCAGUUUAUUAUUCUCCUCCAACGAAACAUGAAAGAAAGAAAGCACGAAACAUUUAACCCUCUAGGAGUUUUUCAAGUGAUCGCGGCCUCAUUAUUAGCUAGUUUCAUGUGGUGGCACUCUGAUUAUCGGGAUAUUCAGGAUCGUUUAGGGCUUCUUUUCUUCAUUUCUAUCUUCUGGGGUGUUUUUCCGUCUUUCGGUGCUGUGUUUGCAUUUCCUCAAGAGCGAGCCAUUUUCGUCAAGGAAAGAGCUUCGGGUAUGUAUACACUAUUGUCCUAUUUCCUGGCCCGUAUUACGGGGGACCUACCGAUGGAGAUGAUUCUCCCCAUAUUAUUCCUUGCAAUAGUGUAUUGGAUGACCGGGCUAAAACCCGAGCUGUGGGCAUUUCUGCUAACCCUAAUUGUGCUGCUCGGUCAUGUGCUUGUAUCUCAAGGACUCGGCCUUGCUCUCGGUGCAUUGAUCAUGGAUGCCAAGAAGGCUUCGACUGUGGUAACUGUCACAAUGCUAGCAUUUGUUUUAAUAGGAGGAUUCUACGUGCACAAGGUACCAGCCUUCAUGUCAUGGUUUAAGUAUAUUUCGACCAUAUUUUAUAGCUAUCGGCUUCUAAUCUACGUCCAAUAUGGAGAUGGGAAACAAAUUUCCUCAUUGCUCGGUUGCUCUAUUAAUGAUGUCCGAGAAAAAGCAAGCUGUAAAUUUCUUAGCCAAGACAUCGUAGGACAAAUGCAUCCAGCAAUGAGUGUUGGCAUUUUGCUCAUCAUGUUUGUAGGAUAUCGAGUAUUGGCCUACAUUGCGUUGUGGCGCAUCAGAGCUUGA